ACGGGGGCAAACUUUCAAGGCCCCUCAAAACCAGUUUUUUUGUCAACCUGGCGCCAUCUUGAUCCAUCCAUCAAAACAAAGCAAAUUAAAAGCGAUUAAAAUUCUGUGGUCGUCUGUGUCCAAAUUCGGCCUCUCAAUUCUUAAAUCCGUCCGUUGAACGUUCGCCUCGCCUCGAAACCCCACAAUGCGUCAAUCGUUCAACCCCCAUUUCAACUAACCUCAAAAUGUCAACGCAAUUCUCGCUGUCAAAUCAGCGCCAACCUAAACGCUUCUCCAUCGACGACGCCUUCGAAGAGGAGACGGACGAGGCGAUCAAAGUGUAUGGUGCGACGACGCCCACCGCCGGUUCGCCCCAAGUGGACGUCCGGGUAGAUAACGGACGGGGCUAUAAGCUGGCAAAUGACACGUCUCGAGAUAGCGACUCGCUCAUUCAAGAAUGCUAUGACACCUCGAGUCAGGACUACAUCGACAGGUCGUGUUUUCGGCACCCCAAAGUCAGGGAGAAUUGGCGGAUGGUGUUGGCGGCGGUCACGUUGUUGAUUAUUGGUGUGGGGCUCUUGACCACCGGGACGAUUUCGUUGGCCGAGCCCAAUUCAGGACUACAAGGUUCUGUGUUUUUAUUGGCGGGGUUUAUUUGUUUCGUGCCGGGGGCGUAUCACGUCGUUUAUAUUUAUUUAGCUGCUAAAGGGAAAAGGGGUUACCAUUUCCAUAAUUUGCCCUUGUUCACGUAGGCUUUCGUGCACUUUUUUACACACAAGCAUCACAAUUCACUAAUUGUAAGGUACAAAAUAAGACUUAUUUUAAUACAUUGGCAUUUUCUGGAACUAAUACCAAAGCUGGGCAAUUUUUUUGACUGUCUCUAGAGUGAAUCUCAGAUUAUUAUUUUAUGCGAUAGUUUGUACGGUUUCAUUUCUAAUAAUAUAUUGUAUAGUAUGGUG